GACUGUUUGUCAACGUGUGAAGGUACUUCAAAAAACCUCUGAACAUCUACCUGGGUUUUAUUCCGGAGAUCAUCUUCAUGGUCAGCCUUUUUGGCUACCUGGUGCUGCUCAUUUUUUACAAGUGGUUGGCAUAUGAUGCCAAGAGCUCAAAAGAAGCCCCCAGUCUUCUGAUAACCUUCAUCAACAUGUGCCUCUUCAGUUACAAUGAUCCCACCAACAAGCCAUUUUACACGGGACAGGUUGCAAUUCAGUGUCUGCUAGUUAUUAUAGCUCUUGCCUGUGUACCGUGUAUGCUUAUAGUAAAGACCCUAGUAAUGCGCAGGCAAUACCUCUGGAGAAGAAACCUGGGAACACAAAACUUUGGGGGAAUCCGUGUGGGGAACGGCCCCACAGAGGAUGAAGCAGAGAUCAUCCAACAUGACCAGCUCUCCCAAAAUUUAGAAGAAGAAUCACCUGAGCAGUCAGAGGAGGAAGUGUUUAAUUUUGCAGAUGUUGCAGUGCAUCAAGCCAUUCACACCAUAGAAUACUGCUUAGGCUGCAUCUCAAAUACUGCCUCUUAUCUACGGCUUUGGGCGCUGAGUCUGGCCCAUGCGCAGCUCUCUGAGGUCUUGUGGUCAAUGGUGAUGCACAUGGGUCUGGCUUCUAGGAAUUUUGGUGGAUUCUUUGCGCUGUCAAUCAUCUUUGCCUUCUUUGCUACACUGACUGUGUUUAUUCUGUUGGUCAUGGAAGGGCUGUCUGCCUUCCUUCAUGCUCUCCGUUUGCAUUGGGUGGAGUUCCAGAAUAAGUUCUACACUGGACAGGGCUUCAAGUUCAUGCCUUUUACAUUUGACAGCAUUCUGGAUGGCAAGUUUGAAGACUAAGCCACACCCACAUUCUCUCCCUCCCCAACUGCCACCCCUCCAAACCACAGGAGCCCAUCAGAUUGCUUGUGAGAUUUCAUGAUUCUUGUGAAUACUGUGACUUUGCAAGGCUCUUAGUUUCUCAGGUGUUCUAGAUCAGGACAUAUUUGGGAUAAUGUACAUGCACUUAAACUAGAUGUUAAAUCGCUGAAGCUGAAAAUAAUCUGAGCUAGAAAUGCAUAAUGUAUUUGCAAUUUACUUGGUAACUCUUCAAUUCUUGCCGGAAUAUGUACUGAUAUGUAAUAAUGCAAACUCAAGGGGGUUUUCCAUAUAGCACACAGCAUGUUCUUCUCAUAAAAGCCUCAUCAAUUUGUACUCCUCAAUCAAGGCAAAAUAUCAUUACAGUUUCCCUCCCUUUAUAACAUAAUUGUCUGUAUUUUUUCCAGUCUCUUAAAUUAUUAGAGUUUGUUUUUUAUGUAUCUUUUAUUCUUUAUGUUGACACAUUUAUAUAAUAGUUCUAGUGCAAAGGGACCUCAUUUCAAAUGCAGCAAAGAAAGCUUCGCUUCAUGGCAUUUCACAAGCUUCUGCCGAGAGGAUAUCCUCAUCAAGCAUAUCUGGUUAUUAGAUGCAGGGAACCCCCAGAUUUAUUGCAGACCUUUGCAUUCUUUUGGAAAAUGUUAGUAAAGAGUAAUUAUAUUUUAGUUGGCCUUGAACUGUCUUGCUGUUUUGUGUGUGUGUGUGUGUUUUGCUAUUGCAAUUUAAAUGCAAAUACACAUUUAAACUAUGUUAAUCUCAUGAAUCUGCUGCGGUGCCCAGUUCUGGGUUUUUGAUUGUUGUUUAGAAAUGAGUUUACAACAUGAACAUGCAUUGGCUCCUGAAAUUAAUGUGUUGGUUUGAUAGAUGUCAAGGGAGUCCUGGAGAAAAUAACUCUACCAAGUAAAAGCAGUGAGUGAAGCUGAAUGAUUAUGUCUUGAUGGUCAAUAAAGAGUAAAGAGUGGAUAUGAA